AUGCAUGAGAAAUCCGAUGAAAAUGCCAACGAGAAUCACAAGAAUGAAACCGCUAAUGAGAAGCAACAAGCACCAGCAGUUGGAAAGUUGGGAGACGUAUCAGCGUCAGUGCAGCCAACGAAACUAGCGGAAGCGAAAUCAACUGACUCUGCUUCCGUUGAAGUGACAACUACCAAGACCACAACGCAUGUAGAGACUAGCACAGUCUUUACAACCAGUGCCACGACUAUAGCCAGCUUAACAGUCACUGCUUCAGCCACAGCCACAGCCUCUCUCAGCACAGCUACCAAGCCGUUAACUGCCACAAUCACUACCGCUACCGGUAAGGAGAUAAUACCCAGCGCACCGCCCAGCAAUUACUGUAAUCGUCGCACUUGGAUUACAACCGACCGACUAAAUGAGUUACGCCGCCGCGCACAAGAGGCGGUCAAGCAGAAUAAAACCUUCACCAUACGCGGCUCCUUUCAUUCCGUACGCAAUGCGCUUGUGGCACGCGGUUGGAUUGAAAAAUUAGACGUGCAUCGCAAACAAAUACCAACGGGUGUGUGUCAAGUGACAUACGAUGAUUUGGCGCAAGGUUUGCCCAAGCGCAAGCCGGGCGAAACGCGUCGUCAGUAUAUUGCCAAGUGUGAACGUAACAUUAUGUCGCGCUUUCUCGAACACAUGCCCAUCGACUUUUUGUGGACGAAUCGCAAAGAGAAAUGUGAUUAUAUAGAUCAAGCUAAAAAUCCCGGUAUGAUUAUUAAUAAGUUUCACCGUGCGCCAUUCACCUCGAAGGAGGGUUUAUGUGCACAAUUGAAGGACUUCCAUUGGUUCUAUGAGGAGGGUAUGUCGGAGUUGUAUUUUCCACGUUGUUACAAUGUUUGGAGUUUGGAGGAGCUGGCCGAAUUUAUGGAUAACUUCAAGCUCACUGCCUGUAUUGCCUUCAUACGUGUCGUUGUGGAUCGCUACCGUCGUAAGGGUAUCGAUGCGAUUUUCUCCACCAUGGGCACGGUACCAUAUAAUAGCAUAGAUUUCGCAAUUAAACGUUGCAGCGAUUACUUGGAUAGUUGUCAGCACAAAGAUAUCGAUUUGGAUGAGCUAUCACGUGUUUGGGAACACGAGUGGGAUGUAUUUUUCCAUCAACAUCAACAGGUCGUCACGGAGGAAGCGAAAAUAUUUACAGAACCAACACGCGCACCUGAGUAUACGGUAAAAUUGAGUAUACAACUGUUGGAACAUCUGCAGAACUUUUGGCCGCAAUACACGUUGGAUGGUUAUCAGAAUUUGUGGAUCGUAAAGCCGGCGAAUAAGUGUCGCGGACGUGGCAUACAAUUGAUGGAUAAUUUGAAGAAAAUUCUAGUGCUUGUAAAUCCGUCCAUCGGUUCGAAGAGUCGUUAUGUGGUGCAAAAGUAUAUAGAAAGACCGCUCAUUAUUCACCAUACAAAGUUCGAUAUACGCCAAUGGUUUCUCAUAACCAAUGUACAGCCGCUGGUCGUCUGGAUGUACAAGGAGAGUUAUCUGCGCUUUAGCUCGCAAGAGUAUAGCUUGAGUAAUCAUCAUGAAUCUGUACAUCUGACCAAUCAUGCCAUACAGAAGAAGUACAACAACGGUAAACGCGAUAAACGUUUGCCCAUAGAGAACAUGUGGGAUUGUUACUCUUUUCAAGCGUAUCUGCGUCAAAUCGGCAAACAAGAUAUGUGGCAGGAACGCAUCUAUCCGGGCAUGAAGAAAGCCAUUGUGGGCACAAUGUUGUCGUCGCAGGAAAAUAUGGAUCGUCGUCCGAAUACGUUUGAGUUGUUCGGUGCAGAUUUUAUGAUAUGCGAGAAUUUCUAUCCUUGGCUAAUUGAGAUUAAUUCAAGUCCCGAUUUGGGUGCGACAACCAGUGUGACAGCACGUAUGUGCCCACAAUGUCUGGAGGAUGUGAUAAAAGUUGCAAUUGAUCGACGCUUAGAUCCCAAGGCAGAUAUGGGUAAUUUUGAACUUAUCUACCGCCAAGUAGUGCCACCAACACCAGCCUAUAUGGGACUCAAUCUCUUCGUGAAAGGCAAGCAAAUUGUCACUAAACCGCCACAUCAUCAUCAUCACCAUCAUUAUCCGCAUCAGCAACGCGAACGUCCAACACUAAGCGGCCACAAUUACAGACAUCGUGCCACCAUCACGCCAGCCAUCUCGAAUGUACACAAAGCUAUGCCCACAUUUAAUGCUACCGAGUACGUUGAGAAGUAUAUAAUGGAGGCGGGUAAUAGCAAUCGCAGCAGCAUAAGUGGCGGUCUCGUUGGCGGUAUCACCGCCUCGGGUGCCGUGAUACACACUUCACCCACACCAAUGCAAAUGGUGCAAAAUGCACGUCGCAAAUAUCAUAUAACACCGCAAACGCCUGCUAUGAUCUGUCCGAAUCUCUUGAAAACGCCACGCACACAGGUAGGCAUACGCCGCAAGUCCGUCACGAAUCUCUCCUGUAAAGCGAAUACCAUGCCGGCAACAGCUAAAGAUCACGAGGUGACUAUACCGCUUAUGAAGCGGCAUCGCAGUUGUGGACCACGCCUUAACACUGCCGUCGUUGCGGGCUGUACGAAUAAUGAAAGUGAUAAAAAUUUUAAAUUUAUUAUUAAGAAAUGUGCGCUGCCAACAUCGGCCGAGGUCAACAACCAAUUGCUCAAUCAAAUCGACGCAGAACCGGCCACGGUCCGUGUUUCGGCGCACGCGAACAAAAGUAAAAGCGUCGAUAAUAUUGUGGAAAUGUUACGUCGGUUCAAAGUACAGCCACAGUCAAUGACACUGUCACAAACGCAAGGGUCAAAACAGGUGGCACGCAGUGGUGGUGUAGCGCAUGAUUUGACCACAAGCGUAAGCGAAAAAUCAAUCAAGUCCUUGCUGGCGAAACAAACGAAAUCCAACACGACUGAGGUCUCACAACUGGCAGCAAAAAUGGCGGCUUCAGCCAGCAUACGCACGGUCGGACGCAAGCUUGUGACUUGGCGGCGCUCCAGGCGUCAUAACGCCCGACUCGCCGCUAACGCCAGCAACUCCAAGUCCGCUGGCAGCGUUUACGUUUGCAAGAAGAAGCCGAUGGCGUUGGUAGGCGUUGCGCCCUCUGCAGCAAGUUUAACUGUAGCGGAACAUUCACGCAGCUCAUCCGCGCACUAUCAAAAGCCAGCUUUAGUAACAAAUGCCACAGCAAAAAGCUAA